CCUAAAUAGUUAGCUGUGAAAAUGAAUUACACAUUUAUAUUUUCAAAAUGUGUGUUAAUUUAUUAUGUAUGGAAUCUACAACUAUAUGUGGGCACAUAACGAACGUUUAAAGUGUUUUUUUAGUAUAAGUUUGAUUGUGAGAUGGGAGGUGUGGCCGGCAAGUUACGCUUUGGCGAGGGAGUGCAGGCAGCAGGUUCGGUUCUCGACCGAGUCAUAUCACAGCCUCACACAGAGGAACACACCGUGUUGUACAAAUUAGCUGAUUAUAAGAAAGGUGGUCUCCUCUUGGAGACGUACGCUAAAGGAGGGAUGGUGGCUGCCGAGAAGCUGAUACGCGAGGAGUUCUCAGCUUAUAUGUACGCCGGCGGACGAGGGCGCGUCAUCAACAGAGCCGAGUAUCUCCGGUGGAAGUUCAGGGAUCAUGAACAGGUGGUGUUACCGAUAGAAGCAUCGCUCUCACCCCACGACCCUCUCGCAAAGUGGGAAGACCACAUGGCGUGCUGGCAGAUGUGUUAUCGGGGAGCGCUCGGGGAGUCAUUACUUCAUGUCCUCAUUAUAUGUGAUACUAAAAUCCAUACAAGGCUAGCAAGAACAUUGGUAAAGUGCUUUCCUAAGCUAUCGUCAGACGUGGUAGAAGGUGAAGAAUAUUUGGGAGCGAGCUCUCUACAUCUGGCGAUAGCAUACAGCAAUAACGAAUUAGUUCAGGACUUGGUGGAAGCGGGUGCCGAUGUCAACCAGAGAGCAAUAGGCAGUUUCUUCCUUCCCCGCGACCAACAAUGCGUGCCUCCCGCCCGUGUGACCAACUAUGAAGGUUUAGCAUACCUAGGAGAAUACCCACUAGCGUGGACAGCCUGCUGCGCCAACGAAGCAGUAUACAACCUACUCCUCGACUCCGGGGCCGAUCCUGAUGCGCAGGACUCCUUCGGCAACAUGAUAUUGCAUAUGGUUGUGGUCUGUGACAAAUUGGACAUGUUCGGUUAUGCACUGCGCCAUCCCAAAGUCCCAGCCAGCAACGGCCGGAUGAACUUGGCAGGGUUCACGCCACUCACGCUGGCGUGCCAGCUUGGUCGUGCGUCUGUCUUCAGAGAGAUGUUGGAACUAUCGGCCAGAGAGUUCUGGAGAUACUCCAACAUCACAUGCUCUGCAUAUCCGUUGAACGCGCUCGACACUUUGUUACCUGAUGGGCGGACUAACUGGAAUUCGGCUUUAUUCAUCAUCUUGAACGGGACGAAGCAGGAGCAUCUAAAUAUGUUGGACGGAGGUAUAAUACAGAGAUUGUUAGAGGAAAAAUGGAAAACAUUUGCCAGGAAAAAGUUUCUCAAACGGCUCAUGAUACUGAUGCUGCACCUUCUGCUGCUCUCCGUGUCGGUGUACCUCCGCCACAGCAGCGCGGAGGCGGACGCCCACCCCAACUGGGGGCUCGAGGUCAUCGACUGGCGGAGCGGACUUCGGCUCGCCAGCGAACUGGGAACUAUACUCAGUACUCUGUGCUACAUCAUACUGCAGCAAGGCGACGAGAUCAAGAACCAGGGGCUCGUGGCGUACUUCAAACAGUUAAUUCACGAACCUGCCAAAUUCAUCUUCCUGGCGUCGAACCUUCUACUCUUGGCGUGCAUCCCCGCUAGACUGUCUCGCCAGACAAUGACGGAGGAGGCCAUACUUAUCUUUCUGUUGCCCGGUUCCUGGUUCUUGCUAAUGUUUUUCGCUGGUGCUGUGAAGCUGACCGGCCCGUUCGUGACAAUGAUUUACAGCAUGAUCACAGGCGAUAUGUUCACCUUCGGCAUCAUUUACUGCAUCGUGCUGUUCGGAUUUUCGCAAUCUUUCUACUUUCUUUAUAGAGGGUUUCCCAACGUACAAUCAACUCUCUACUCCAGCUACCCAAGCACGUGGAUGGCGCUCUUCCAAAUCACAUUGGGAGACUACAGCUACACAGACCUAGGCCUGACGACAUACCCGAACUUGGCCAAGACGGUGUUCGCCGUGUUCAUGGUGUUCGUUCCCAUCCUGUUGCUGAACAUGCUGAUCGCCAUGAUGGGAAAUACGUACGCGCACGUCAUAGAGCAGUCGGAAAAGGAGUGGGUUAAACAGUGGGCGAAGAUAGUGGUGUCGUUAGAACGCUCGGUGGCUCAGGACGACGCACACCGAUACCUGCAGGAGUACUCCAUAGGUCUGGGCCCGUCAGACGACCCACGGUACGAGCAACGCGCAGUCAUGGUCAUCAAGAGCAAGGCGAAGACCAGGGCGAAACAACGGAAAGGCGCUCUGGCCAACUGGAAGCGCGUGGGAAAAGUGACCAUAUCUGAGCUGAGGCGGCGCGGCAUCAGCGGUGAAGAGCUGCGUCGUCUGAUGUGGGGCCGUGUCUCCAUAUCUACGCCAACAAAAGCACCCAUGCCGAGACGAGGAGCUGCGCCGCCUCCCGACUGCGUGGGGACCGCGGACAUGGCGCUGGCUGCCGAAGUAGGGAACGGGGUCGGUCCAGCGCUCUCGUCAGCUCUCAACGUCAUGGCAUUCACGCAUGACCUUGAACUUGCCACUAAUACUGAUACGACACAAAAGCAAGCAACGCCAGAUCUACUAGUCAACGGCAAAACCGUCCCAAAACUAUCUGUCUCUGCUAUCUCCACACCAGCGCCCCAACUGGCCUCCUCAAACAAGCUGUCUGUUCCCGAACCGACUCUCCCAUCAACUGGUAUAAAGUCCGCCCCAAAUAAAUCGAAUUUGGAAAUACCCGAAAACUUACAAAAGCUUGUGCCCGUACCAGACGCAACAAGUGCAAUGGUUCCUAAUAUCCCAAAGAGCUCGGCGCCUGUAUCACUAGCGGGACCGGUUGGCGUCGUCCCAAGUGUAACGCCCAUGCUGCCGCUACCUAAAGAACCUCCAAAACCUGUCGAAGAGCAAGUAUACCCAGAUUACUUCUUCGAGCUGGUGAAAUUAUCAGAGACAACAGAGCCAAAUAGCGUUUUGCUGAAGAACCUUGCAGAGCGGGCUGCUGACCUGAGCUGCGUACCAGAGAUAGACAUCAAUGUUACAACGGCGGCCAAGUCAGCUCGGAAGGUGGUGGCCGGAGCGGUGUCGGGGCUGUUCGGCGUGGCGGCGGACGCACCCGCGCCCGACUCAGGCUGGCGCCGCGAGCGGCAGGAACACAGCGACAGUGACCCUAUAUCGGAGUCGGUGUUGCUGGGGAGAGCUUCAAGGGCGCGCCGCGCCCGCUCCGCGUCCCGCCGCGCCCCGCCUCCUCCCCCGCACCUCUACGUGCCUGCUAGAUCUAUGUACUUGGUGGCAUCUGAGAGCAGCGCUGUGGAAAGCGAUGCGCCUUGGGAUGAACCACCUAGUUCAGGAAAUAGCUCGGCUGUAGGAAGCAGAAGAGAUGAUUCAGCCAGAUUAAAAGCAGCUCGACCACUUUGCAUUCAGCACGCAACUGGGCAAGUACAAGUGGAACAUUCGCUGUUUAUAGUCGGUGCUGGUAGUGGAGCCGAGGUGGAGAGUGCAGCACCUGCAGCUUCUACAAAACAAGAGAAAAAGCGAACACGACCAAAAACGGCUAGAGCUAGAAAAAAUAGGGUCUCCCCAGUACCAGAGACAACCAGCCCACUGGAGCCGUGGGCGACAGCACCGCUCUCACGACUGUCUCGCCUCUUACGGUCUAGUAGCACGUCUUCUACCUCACUUGCAUCACAGACCUCAAACGAACGAUCCCCUCAAAGAUAUUAAACUAUAUUUGUACUUGACGUAUCCUGCGGCUUUACCCGUGGUCGUAUGUUCAAGAACUGAGCUAUCUAGUGUAGAUUUUUUAAAUCAGGCUGGUAGUACCAAAGACAAAUGCGUUCAGAGUCACUUUAUUAUAUUUAUAUAGAUUGACACUAAUGUACCUAAGCUCCCCUUGCAAAUAUGGGUGUUAUUGGGGUUUUUUUCUCGUUGAGCUGUCCGAUGAAUUGUAGAAAACUCCUUUCUAAUAAUGAAAGCAUCACGCCAGGUAGAUAUACAACUAUUCUUGUAUAAAAGAGAAGAGUUAUUGUGAAAUCGUAAAUUAUUUACGUAAUUUAUUAGUCAAGUCAUAGAAAUUAAAAGCGACAGAUUGGCAUCCUAACAAAAAUCUUAAAACAAAUUCGUCAAUAGAUAAAUUUUCGUUACUAACGGAAAAAACAAGACGGCGGAUGUUUCUGUCCCUCUCACGCAUGCUGUAGCGAUAAAGUAUCUAUCGAUAAUUUGUUUGCCACUUGUGGUUUAACGUUUAUCCAAAAUAUAACUACCCAGAAAACUAGAUAUUUGAGUAAAGACCUAAUCGUCUGAAUGCUAUAAAUAAGCCUAAUCAAGUUUCUCCUUAGACAAUUAUAAAUAAAAUAUUAUACCUACUUUUACUAUUAAAAGAUAUACAUACUUACUAUACUCGUUGAGCAUUUUGUUUCCGUUUUCUCGAACGUUCGAACCGUCGUUGUUCAAAUCUAUUGUUAUAGGAUCGCUAGCUAACAUAGAAAUAAAACAUCCAAAGUAA